AUGACGAAGGAAGCAAGAAAGAAUCAGAAGGAUGGACGAGGCGAGGCGCUGUCGAUGCCCACAGAUCCUCGCACACACAUGCCCCUCGUCUCCGCCGGGUUCAAUCCCAUCCUUUACGUUUUCUGUGGCAAGAGGCACAAGGGGAUCCCGCACGUCCUAUUCUCUAAUUGUCUCUCCUUCUCAACCGGAUCCACAUGCAUUCAGUUGACCUGUUCGAAGGCUGCAAGAAUCGUCGUGACUGCUGACGAAGACGCCCUUGCGACUGAACCUUACUGCCAUCUUCGCCCAGCGCGACGCCUAGGAACAGACAGAUCCACAUCCUCAACCCCUCAGCCUUCGUCUUCGUCUUCUCCCGCUAGCCAAUAUCCAAGGGACGAGAUCACAGCAUGCUGUCAUCCAUCCUACAAACUCCAGUCCAAAUCAUCCACUCCCGUAAUAAGACAGCCAGCCAGACGUGCUCCCAACCCACAUAUAUCCCCACCACGACACAGGUACCAGGCAUCAACAAGGGCGAUCGACCUCGAUAAUUCGAUAUUCGUUGCCAUUCCCGACAUUUAG